GCGAGGUGACACCGGGCACACGCUUGCAGUGUCAGUGAGCUGUGUGUGGUGCUUUAGAGUUCAACAACAACCUAAAUACUUUCCCAUUCUUUGGUUGUUGAUGUUGUGACUCAAUGGUGACAUGAAUUGUCAUUCAAACGUUGGAGCCUCUCCAUUAUCGAAUCUUUAAUGACAAGUUAUGUAGCCUCCCAUUGUCUGGAAUAUAAGGACAUGAAUUUGUGAACAUCAUUCAAGUCAUUGCAAGCAGAUCUGAGGGAUAGUUUAUACAGAUCAAGUGCAAAAUGGUUAUUGACAUCUCAAUUUUACAACGAGCCAUUGACACAGCAUAUGAGACUUUGGAAUGCGCAAAUUAACCAGUUCAAGCACUCUUUAGCUCCUAAACUGUAUAGAAACUCGAUUGACCAUUGAAUGGAUUGGACAAACGAGAGACACAACUGGCCAGAGACAUAAGAACGCGUCCAGCCGGCUGGCCAUGUUUACGGCAGCGAACUGGGUCUCGGCCAGACUUGACCUGCCCAGACGUGACCUGCCCAGACGAUGAGCCAAAGCCUGGUCUCGUGCAUUGGUCUCAAGUUCUCUCAGCUGAAGGUCAUGUGCGGCCUUUCUAUGGAUUCGUCUGCUCGAGAAGAACGGGCAAUAGAUGCUGUUGACAGCGAUCCUAUCCCUUCCGGGGUCUUCCUAGCUGUGUACAAAGAGAAACUUCAAGGGAAGCAGUUGGCUAUAGAGUUCAAGGCAUUGUCGAAAAACGAAGAGCAACAUUCAACGAACGCCGCACUCAGGAACGUUUUGAUGAACAGUAAACAAGAGGUGGUCACGUUUGACCACAGCCGAGUCAUUGUCUGGGACAGACCGGAAUGGCUGACUACUGAUUAUUAUAAUGCCAGCUUUAUAGAUGGUUACAACGGUCCUAGAGAGUAUCUUGUUAGCCAAGGUCCCAACACAAAAUGUAUUGUCUCUUUUUGGCAUAUGGUUUGGCAAGAAGGUGUUACUUGUAUUGUCAUGGCAACAGGACUGUUUGAAAAUGCUGUGCAACAAUGCGACAAGUAUUGGGUAGAUAAAGCUCACAAACAUGUCCAACAUGGAUACAUUCAUAUUUGGCAUGAAGGCAGCACCUAUCUGGCACAGUUAAACAUACGAACUUUCAGAAUUCAAAAGGAGGGCACUUGUGAAUCCAGACUUUUAACACAUUAUGAAAUGGUAGGCUUUCAUGAUGAGAGUCCUGAUCCUGGAUUACUUCUAGAUGUUAGAAGAAGAGUUAGCAAUCUAGCCAUCACUCAGCCAGGGCCCAUACUUGUACAUUGCAGAUGUGGUGGAGGUCGCACAGCAGUUUAUGUAGCUAUAGAUUAUUGUUUACAUCAGCUUCAUUCUGAAGACAGAGUAGAUGUGUACAGUACUGUACUACACUUGCGUAGAUUUAGGAAAAACAUGGUCAGGACUCUGGCUCAGUAUCAGCAGAUUUAUCAGGCAGUAGCCAUGUAUCUCCAAUGUGGCACAACAGUUUACCCUGCACAGACUCUAGUAGCAGCAUAUGAAGUACAUUACAGUAGUGAUGCUAAGGCAUUUAAACUUGAUCGAGAAUUUCAGACUCUUCAAGUAAUUGUUCCUAGACUUAGCAUUGGGGAUUGUGCUAGUGGACACAGAGUUGAGAAUCGUAGUAAAAGCAGGGACAUCAUGAUGCUUCCACCUGAAUGUGCCAGGCCAUACCUCAGUACAUCAGACUGUGUUGAUGGCGGAACAGACUUUAUUAAUGCUGUAUAUAUUGAUGGUUAUCAUACAGAGAAUGCCUUUCUAGCUACACAGUGGCCUUUAAAAAAGACGAUUGCAGAUUUUUGGCGAAUGCUAUUUGACUUUAAAAUCACAUCUAUUGUCCUAAUGAAUGAUUUACACAAGUUUACAAGAAAUUACCUCAGAUUUUGGCCUAAGGAGGUUGAUCAUGUGGCAAGUUAUGGACCAAUCAGUGUUCGUUAUUUGAGUUGUGAUAAGAUGAGUCACAUAACAAUCAGAACUUUUGCAAUCAGAAAGCCCAAAAGACAUCCACACCUAAUUGCGCAGACACUGAUGCGCAUCAGUGAAGAUGUGAUGAUCAUGAACAACCUAGUUGGCUGUGAAAUAAGACAAGAUGAAAUUAUUGUGAAAAUGUUUCAAGUAUUUAGUUCCAGGACUGAUGGAAAUGUGAAGUCUUGCAAUGGACAGUACAGCAAUCUCCGAUCUCAUGUUUAUGGAGGCAUGGACACUGUGACUAAAAGCAAAAAAAAGGGUAUAGGCAUUGUGUCCAAGUCACUGCUUACAGUCAUGGAGCAUGUAUCUGAUUGGCAAAGAAGAAGCAGCAGUCGACAACCUAUAUGUAUCAUGUCCAAAGAUGGCUGCAGCAGAGUUGGUCUGUACUGUGCAAUCAAUAUUUGCUGUGAUCAAGUCAAAGUUGAAAAAGAGGUUGAUGUUUUCAAUGCUGUUCGGUUAGUUCGCAAAAAUCGUCCACAAUUGGUGCCUGAUCUGGAAGAAUAUCGCUACAUUUAUUACUUCAUGUCUGAGUUUAUCCUGCUAUCAGCUACUAAACCAGACAUAUUUGAUUCUGACCUUUCAUUGCAUAUGGCAUCCCACUCCAGUAGUUUUCAUCGAAUAGCCACAUCAACAAUGUCCAAUUCUAAUUCAGUACAUGGAGGUGUUUAUGUGAUUGAAGUCAGUAAAGAGAAAAAUAGUGGCAAGGUUAGAACAAAAUGGGAACCAAAUGACAAAGUUCAAAUGUACAAUGAAACUUACCAGAAUGACUCUAGCCAAAAAUAUCAACAUUUGCUUCAAGUGAGUUCAUUUGAUUCUUACAAUGACCUCAUGGGGCUUAACAAACUUCCUCCUAGAAUAAAUAUAUUGGAACCAAACCACUCUGAAAAUGUCUGUGUAACCAAGCAGCAAAGCAAUGGCCAAACUGCUGAGUCAGCAAAUGCCAAUGGCUUAAUAUUAUCAGCUUCUUCCCUUCAUCCAGUUAGAAAUGUGCAGCAGCCCACAAGUCUAGCAGGAGUCUCAUCCCAGCAUCUAGCACCAAGUCUUUCUUCUAUGUAUAAACCUUCCACUUCACCAGAAUCUGUUCUGUUCAUACCUCAGUUUUCUCAUCUCCCCACUUCCCACUGUUCCCACUCUGUACAGUUGAAUUCAAUGACUUCUUCCAUCUCUUCAAACUCCUUUGCAACGCCAGAUGUUUCAGGUAGCAGACCUCCAAGUCAACUGAGUCCCUGCAGCAUUAACAUUACAGCCAGCCCUGUAAGUAGUUCCUUCCUUUCUUGCCAUUCUAGCGCAAGUCUACACAUGAAUGAAUAUGACAGGAAAGACCAGUAUUCUUUACACAAUGGAAGCAUGCCAUCUUCUGACCUGACUCAAACCAUCCUACACCAUUCAUCUCAGUUGGUAAAACUGCACACGCUGGAGAAUAAUCAAAAUCAAACAUCAGUCUGCAGCCCUUUUCAACAAUCUGCAGCAGUUAGAUUUGAAGAUGCCAUACAAGGUGAGCUUCCAGCUGAUGUCAAACUUAUUCAUGCAUCAUAUGUUUCACUUGAAGAAUCACUGUCCUCCAGUAGUGGUGAGUAUCAAGGCAGCUUGGACUGCAUCAAUGACCAAAUACAGUUCAAGCACAAAAAGUUCAAUGGCACCAAGAAAAGACAUGAACCAGCCAGUGAUUCUUUACCGCUUCAUCAGAAUGGCAGAAAACUCAAAGAGUCAUCACAUGUAUCACCAACCAGUGUAGUGGGUUCUUCCAGUUUCAAACAAAAGAUACACAACUACUUAUCCAAACUAAACAAAGAUAAAGUGUUAUAACACUAAGCAAGGUAGAUACAACAUAAUUUUGGACACUGUUAAAUUGUUAGCAUCUGAAUAGGUGAGCAAAAUUUGUGGCAUUAAUUUUUUUUUUAUACUUCUAUUUUACUGCACAGUAGAGUCAUGUACAUACAACAAAACAAUAUUCCUUCAAUUUUCUGACUUGUGGUUGGGGGUUAUGUUUUGUACUUUAAAGUGUCACAUUGGUGCUGAUAUCAUGUGUGUGUGUGUGAGUAUGCUGAAAUCAAGUGUGAUUAUAAGUAAAUUAAUUUACAUGUUUUAAAAUCACACUUUUUUACAUUGUUUCUUUUGUAUCUACUAAAUGCUUCCAUAAAUGUCCAGUUUUUAAUUUUCAAUGUUGUAAUCACUUUUCUUCUAACAUUAAAAUUGUUGUUUACCAUUCCUCCUAUUAGCUUGCAAACUCUUCAUGGGUUCAAGAUGGGUGGAUACUCACUGGAUAGGUAUUUCAUAAAUUUUCAUUGGAUAGACCCCUUCCCAUAAUGGAAAUGCCGACCAAGUUCAAGAUCUUCUUCAAAAUGUUGGCAUGGAAAAAAGCAAAAUAAAAAUUUGUGGUGGGGUUGAAUGACCAAACAUUAGAAGUUGACUCAUACAUUAAUACCUAGAGUCAAACAUUACAAAAGAUGGAGGAUCAAUAAAAGGUAAAAACCAGUUUCAGCAUUACAUCCACUGCUAUGAGCAAACUGGAAAAUCUGGAAGAGUAACAUCAGCUUCCAAGUAAAAUUUAAGCUGUAUUCUUCACUAGUGGUUGCUAUAUUCUUCUAGGUUGUAAAAAUUGGACAAUGAAUGCUGAGGCUGAAAGAAAUUUGUUGGAGCUACAGAAAAAUGCUAGGUAUCAAAUAGCAGGAAAAUAAAAAUGAGUUUGAAUUGUUCCAAGUCACCACUCUGGCUAGCCAAAAGAAGGAACUCCUCAUAACUGUGAAGAGACAAAAGAUGAGCUGGUUUGAUCAUAUUGUAAGACAUGACUCACUGUUGUCAUCCUUCAAGGUAUACAGUGGAGGGAGCACGAUGAAGGGGUCAUCCUAAAAAAAAAGCUGGCUGGACAAUGUAAAAGAAUGAACUGGCCUCUCUCUUGAUAUCCUACUAAGAAUAGCUGCAGAUUGGAAAAAUGGAGGGCUUAGGUUAUGCAAACUGUUACAGCACCCCUUUGAUGAAAGUCAAGAGGCAGAUGAGACAUAAAAUGCAAGAAAUUUAUGGGAAGGAAUAGUACAAAAUAGGAUUAAUGAUGUUAUCAAUUAUCUUGGAUUUUCUAAUAAUCGUUUAUAAAGAAAAAAAAGGCAUUAAAAUGAUCAAAGUAAACUUCCCCUUGCGAUCUAUAAGACAGAUGAUGUCAAGGUCAUCUGUUUCUCUUGCCUACAGUUAAUGAGGGGGUCAUGUGUACAGGCACCUAUUGGAGCUGGUUGGACCCAGAGGUGCCCUAAAAAUCCCAAAAUUAAAAAUCGCAGUCUUCACCAGGAUUCAAACCCUGGACCCCAGUUUGGAAGCCAAUCGUUUACCACUCAGCCACAACACCUCGCAUUAAAAUGAUAAUCCUUAUAUAUAAGAUUAAAAUUAUGGUGCUUAUUUAAAUAUUUUUUAUAGCUUUUUCCAAUUAUAUACAUUAAUGAAUAAUUCGCAUGUAUCAAAAUCUAUAUUACAGCUAAAAUAAUAGACUAGAUAUACAGAGAAAUAUUUGUUUAUAUGUUUAAUUGAAUGAAGUUGUUUGGAAUAUUUAAAAUAAAUUUUAUAGAAAUGUAAAGUUUAUGCAAAAGCUAGACUACCACUAAAGUCUACUAAUGCAACCAUCUCAAAAUUGAUAAAUGAACAAGUAAAGGCACCAUGAGUGGAAGUCUUUUUUUUUUCUUUUCCCCUCCUGUGUCUGUGUUGAAAUAUUUUUAGAACUGUAGCAGAAGUAAUGAAAUGUUUUGUUGGUGUAUUGAACCAGGUUAAACAGACAAGAUUUAAUACAUAUAUAAAACAAUUUUGAAAUUCAUGGCUACUUCAACUAUUGGUAGCAGACGUGAUGAGUAUAUGAUCCUAAUAAAAAGGACCAUAAAAAUAAUUGAACAAAACAUUCAUUUUGUCUUUUUUAUUUCAUGUCGCCAGUAUAAUGAAUACAUGUUUUUUUUCUACAGUAAAAUAAAUGAAUUUUUUAAUUAAAAAAAAAUACUGAAGCAAAAAA